CGUGAGAAGGUUUGGUAAAUUACAUCGACUCUGGUAAGCGACUUUAUUUUUCUCUUUUGUGACUCGUUAGGGUGACUCUACUUUUCAUUAGUGCUGCAGAUUUGGUUGAAAUGGCUUCGAACAUUGUCGGUUCGAUUGAGCCCUACGUCCCUGGUGCUUCAUUCACCAAUUAUGUUGAGCGGUUAGGGUUCGUAUUUCAGUACAAUAAUGUACCGGAAAGCUCACAGAAAGCUUUAUUUAUAACGCUUAGCGGACCAGCAGUGUUUGAGGAACUCAAACUGCUGUAUCCGGCGAGAGACUUAUCCACCUUGCAAUACGCUGAGAUAAUUAAGAAAUUAAAAGAACGUUUUGAUAAAAAAGAAUCAGAUCUUAUACAACGAUUUAAAUUUUACAACCGCGUUCAAGGGGAAGAUGAGUCCGCAGAGAAUUUCGUUUUGGCUGUCAAGCUUCAAGCGGAAUUCUGUGAGUUUGGAGAGUUUAAAGACACCGCGAUUAGGGACAAGCUUUUGAUGGGAGUUUUCAACAAAGAUUUACAGCAGAAAAUGUUAAGCGAGGAAAAUUUGACGUUGGCUUCGGCGGAGCGCAUGUUAGUGAAUUGGGAGUUGGCAGGAUCGAGAGCAAGAAUGAUAAGUGGUAGAACAGAACAGGUGGCUUCGGUAAAAAACAGAUUGGGUAGGCGAGAUGAAUAUUUGAACGAACGAAAUGGUAGAAAUAGAAGCAGAAGUAGAAGUAGGUCAGGUUUUCACAUGAGAAAUAGAAGCAGGAGUAAUAACAGAGAUAGAAGUAGGAGCAGAUCGAAAAAAUAUAAUUACAACAAACCGGUAGUCUCUUGCUAUUUUUGUGGAAAACCAGGACAUAUUUUGAAGAGAUGCUUCAAAUACAUCAACAGUCAACGCAAACCAACUGUUCGUUUUGCCGAUGAGCCGCAACCAGGCACUAGCGCUGAAUCUAACUUGGAACAAUUGUUUAGCAGAUUCAAGCCAAUGUUGGACGAUUCUUCAGAUGACUCAGUAUUGGAAACGUGGUGCUAAAGGCGCAUCGCGAGCAAUUGAAGGUCCCAAAAACAACUAGUGUAAGGCAUAAUUUGACUGUUCCGUGCAGGAGGACCUGCAAACGUGAAAGAUCCACUUCAGGUUGCGAGUUCUUUGGUUUCUCUGACGAUGUAUUAGAGAACGACCUUAAGAGAUUGCGGAUGGAUGAUGGUACUAAUAGCGCAGCAGGAUCAUCGGCUCCGAGACGGUCAGAAAGAAUUAAGUACAGAAGAGAGAACAUGAAGGUAAAAGAAAAACAAAAAUGAAAAUUAAAAAGCUAAACUGAAUGAUUUUGGUGAUGUGUGUCAAAGGACACAAAUGAAAAAAAAUUAAAAUAAAAUUAAUUGUUAAUGAAAAGAUAUAGGUGUCAACGGGCACUAUCUGAAAAUAAAAAUAAAUUGGUUAGAAAAAGAUAUCGGUGUCAAUGGACGCUAUCUGAAAAAUAAAAAUUAAAAUAAUUAAACAAUUAUAUCUAUUAGCAUAUUUUACAAAAAAAAAAUAUUGUAUUAUAAAUAAGAGUGUCAAUGGACACAUUCUGAAAAUUAGAAUUGUAUAUUGUGUCAAUGGACACAUUUUGAAAAUGGAAUUAUUAUUAUGUAACAAAUUUUACAAAUUAGAGCGUUAAAGAACGCAAUUCAAAUUAUAUACAAAAAUUAUUUUAAUUAUAUUUUUUUUAAUUAUUUGCAUUGUAAAUGUAUUCAAAAUCUAAAAGAGGAAGAAUUGUGGUGUACAGA